GUUUGUUUCAUUUCGUCAACAAAUUUCCACACGGCGUACAAGGAACACGGAAUUAAAGGAAAGUAUUGUUUCUCAGAGGUGCUGUUUUUGAUAGAAUCACACCGAAAGAUAAGGUUAAAAAGCCGCUACAGACGCUCUUCUGACUGGACGACAUCUGCAAAGUCGAAAGGCAUCUUACUCGCAAUGAACAACACCACCUCCGAACACCUCAACACCGUCUUUCAAAGUGUUUUCCCGACUAAUGGUACGGCAGCGAUGAAUUCAACAAGAAGUAAAGAACCUCUUGAACUAUAUGCAAGUCUUGCAAAUAUAAUCGCAUACUCGAUAGUGUAUGGUGUUGUGUCGAUCAUUGCGUUAGCAGGAAAUAUAAUGGUAUUUAUUGUGAUUAUCGCGAACCGUUCGAUGCACACGGCUACCAACGUCCUUCUCCUCAACCUGUCCUUAUCUGACAUCCUCUUCGUUCUGUUCUCGGUGCCCGGCCUACUUGCCAUUGAAAUUUGCAAUGAUCGCUGGCCGUUUAGUGAACCGAUGGGGAAAAUGACGCAACAAACCACGAUCCUCGUUGCUGCGUCAUCCGUUUUUACCAUGGUGGCGAUUGCCUUCGAGAGAUUUCUGGCGGUUGUUUACCCGCUAAAGCAGAUGGCACGGAAAAAGAAGACAACAAUUGUUGUGACUGUGGUUAUCAUUUGGAUAUGUGCCAUCGCGCUGUCGAUCCCUUUCGCAAUCUACACAGAAAACAUUUCCCUCGUAGUUCCUGUGGAACGCGACGGCAAAAUCGUUAGCGAAGAGAUUGUUCUUUUAAGCACGACUUUUACCAAGGAUCAAAAUAAAGCAUAUGUCACGAUUACAUUUAUAUCCAUCAACGUCAUCCCGAUAAUGCUCUUGGGCUUCCUGUAUGCGCGCAUCGUGUGGAAACUUUGGAACCCGGAUCAACGUCUAACACAAGAAAUCGCAACCCCUUCCAAACACCAGAAACCUAAGCAUUUUGUGGAAAAGACGCGUCGAAAAACUACCAUAAUGUUACUGGCAGUUGUGCUGGUGUUUUUCACCUGCUUUUUCCCGUUCAACAUACUCGGUAUGUUGCUAGCGUAUGGGGACUCAAGAGACUUCAAUUUCGACAUCCUGAGGCAUGUGAAUUCCGUUACUCGCGUUUUCCUCCUCGUCAACAGCGCCUCCAAUCCUAUAAUCUACAACUUCCUUAGCGAGAAAUUUCGUAAAGGAUUUCGAAGCAUCUUCACAUGUCGUUGGCAUGCACUACGUCGUGUCUCUCCUUCUGGGGUAACCGAGACUGUUUUGACGUAAGCAAGCCUGUCAGAGGAAGCACCUAGGUGGGUGGGUAUUUAGGUGGGGAAGGAAAUAGGAAGAGGGUGAAUGAAAGUGCAAAGUACUUGAGGAUUUGAGGUAUUCCAAGAGAAUGAAAAAUGUAGAUAAUUAUUUAAGUCCCAUCAAUUCCUGUUUGCAUGGUUUACUCGCACGCUACGAGCGGUUUCGUAUAAAUAAAUGCUUCACAUUGAUUCCCGGAAAAAUUUACGACAGCAAGACAAAUAUUAGUACGCAAAGGAUUUUUAAAAAUGAACUGCUCUGAAUUUUUUGCGGAACUAAGCAAACUUUAGGAAGAACGAAUUAGGAUGUAUACUUUUUCGGUACGUAUGCUUGCAUGACUUGUGAGAUUAUAGACGUUUAUAUAGCUACUACUCUGUUAAUUAUAGUGUACAUUUCUAGGAACGAGAUACGAAAUAUUGAUUGUCAAUAU